AUGGAUCGGGACCCCGUCUCAAACACCCUCAGCCUCAUGAGCAACGGCAGCCCAUCCUCGCGUACUUCAGGAGGUUCUCACCGUGGUUCAGGAGGUACUCACCGCGGCGUAUCACUCAACCCUCCCAAGAACCAACGCCUCCCCGCUGACGAGUACAGGUAUCUGCAAACGCGGCAUACGCUGGAGAAGCACUUCGGCGGCCGCUCCCCUGCAAUGACUAGCAGGUCAGACGCCUCGAGCUCACUGUCCAUGACCAAGAGCACAUCUUCCAAGCACUCGUCAUCGUCAUCUUCUAACAAAAAGGAUAGCCGGCUCACUCACGACCAACGCACGAGUGUCUCAGAGAUCCGGUACGCAACCCGCAAAGCCCUCGGCCCAUCCUUCGACUUCACCGACACGUACGUCGCGCCGAAGCGCAAGACUACCCGUCACCACUAUGGGAAUGACGAGGAAGCAGGCAAGGAACACAUUCCUCAGCGGUAUAUCGAUGAGUUCAAUCGCCGUUGGGUGCAGGACGACUUCGAGGAAGAUGCUCAUCAGUUCGUGAUGGACUGUCUGCCUAACGGCGUCGCGCCGUGGCGCCGGCAUCAAGCUCUGGUUCCGACUGGAGUGCCUGAUAGGUCGUGGCAUGCGGGCCAGGCUUUGGGUUCGAUUCAGGGCUCGAUGGCGCUGGAGAUGGCGAAUCAUGGGUAUCAGUACCGUGAGAACUUUUUGCAGAAGCGGGACGCAGGUAAGGCUACCAAGGCUGGGGAGCUCCCUGGGAGCACUUUCGACUGGGAUGACAGCGAUGAUGACAAAGAUGCAGUUGGAAAGGAGGAGAAGAUCGAGAAGAAUAAGGAGCGCCGUGAUUCGAAACUCGAGAAGGUUCGUCGGAAGAUGAAGAUUGCGAAGAAAUAG